UCUAUAAAAUGCGAACAAGAAAACCCUAACUUGUCUUUGUUGCUUUCUCUCGAAGAGCCGCAAACAGGCUUGAGAUCCUCCCAACCUAACGACAAUGACAAAGAGAACGAAGAAGGCCGGAAUUGUUGGAAAAUAUGGUACCCGUUAUGGUGCCAGUUUGAGGAAGCAAAUUAAGAAGAUGGAGGUCAGUCAACACAGCAAGUACUUCUGCGAGUUUUGUGGAAAGUAUGCAGUGAAGAGAAAGGCUGUGGGAAUCUGGGGCUGCAAGGAUUGUGGGAAAGUUAAAGCAGGCGGUGCUUAUACUUUGAACACUGCUAGCGCUGUGACAGUGAGGAGUACUAUUAGGAGGCUGAGGGAGCAAACUGAGAGCUGAGCCACCAUUGGCAUAUUCUGCUUUCAUAGGUUGUUUUGCAUGUCUUAGCUACAGACUCAUUGAGAUAUUUUCUUUUUUUGACAAUGAUUUGCUGCUCGAUGUGCUUAAUUCUCAAUUUUAUAUCUGAGUCAGGUGUUGGAACUUCAUUAAAGUUCAAUUAUUUGCUUCUACACUAUCUUGUUAAUUUACAUCAAAUUAAAUUGUGGACUUCUUGACUCUU